AUGACCACAACAAACAGCCAAGGAUCACAGCAAACAGCCAAUGACCACAUCAAACAGCCAAGGAUCACGGCAAACAGACAAGGAUCACAACAAACAGACAAGGAUCACGGCAAACAGACAAAGAUCACGGCAAACAGACAAGGAUCACAGCAAACAGCCAAGCACCACAUCAAACAGACAAGGAUCACGACAAACAGACAAGGAUCACGGCAAACAGACAAGGAUCACAGCAAACAGACAAUGAUCACAACAAACAGCCAAGGAUCACAGCAACAGCCAAGGAUCACAACAAACAGCCAAGGAUCACAGCAAACAGCCAAUGACCACAUCAAACAGCCAAGGAUCACGGCAAACAGACAAGGAUCACAACAAACAGACAAGGAUCACGGCAAACAGACAAAGAUCACGGCAAACAGACAAGGAUCACAGCAAACAGACAAGGAUCACGGCAAACAGACAAGGAUCACAGCAAACAGACAAGGAUCACGGCAAACAGCAAAGGGUCACAGCAAACAGCAAAGGAUCACAGCAAACAGCCAGGGAUCACAAAUAACUAGUUUAUCACUCCUUCGCAUACGGUCAAAUUAG